AUGUACACUGCCCGUGUCGUCAAGCCAAAGCUGUCCUUGAGCAUCUCUGCUGCGCAGAAUGUUUCUCGGCCAUCGCUAUCACUCAAGUCACCAAGUGCUCUUCCUCGCACGCCUGUCUCGCCAAUCUCCGCGGCGAGCCCGACGAGCAAGAGGUUUUCCUCACUGCAGGUUCCGAAUUAUGCAUACACAAACUCUUGUUCAUCGAAGAGCAUCCUCAAGAAGCAGUCGUCCUCUCGCGCUGGCACUGUUGAUAAGCGUAUACAAUUCAAAGGGACACCGACUGUUCACUGCGUAACGCCUAUUGAGAAUCCAGACGAGUAUUACGGCAAGCACAUGAAGAUGUCACGAGAAGAGCGGCGAUGGACGGUCCGGCAGGCUCCAUUCAAGGGCUUCUCCGGCCCGUGCGCCUCCGAUCUUUUUCGCCCCUGCCACCGAUCAUCGGCGCUAAAUGCAGGGAGAUGUUUGACCUCCCGCCGUGGCUUGCUCACGUUGGCAAUUGAAACGUCAUGUGACGAUACAUCAGUAGCUAUCGUUGAGAAAACAAAGAAAGACUCCUGGAGUACGGCCAAAAUCCAUUUCCUCGAAAAUGUAAUGGCCGACACACGCGCGCAUCGCGGAAUUCAUCCUAUCAUCGCUCUCGAAUCCCACCAAGACAACCUCGCAAAGCUUCUACAGAAAGCCCUUAAUUACCUACCGGAGUCAAAAACUGUCGAUGGACUUAAAUUGGCAGACGGGACUUGUCGCCGCCUCCCCGAUUUCAUAUCCGCCACAAGAGGCCCCGGAAUGCGGUCUAACCUGUCUGUUGGCCUCGACACUGGAAAAGCGCUGUCGGUUGCAUGGCAGAUCCCCAUGGUCGGAGUGCACCACAUGCAGGCACAUCUUUUGACGCCCCGACUCGUUUCAUGCCUGGAAAAUGAACUCAAGGCCGACCCAUCCGCACCGCCCAAGUUCCCUUUCUUGUCCAUUCUCGCCUCGGGCGGCCAUACAACUCUGGUUCAUUCGGAAGGCCUCACAGAACAUAGGAUUCUCGCUAACAGCGACGAUAUAGCUAUUGGAGAGGCACUGGAUAAAUCUGCACGAGAUAUUCUACCUGAUUCUUUGCUUCAAGAAGCUAAAAGUACCAUGUACGGCAAGAAUCUAGAGCAAUUCGUCUUCCCUAACGGCAAGGCCGAUUUUGCGGAUUACUCGCCGCCAGAGUCUCGGGGUGAAGAAAUAGCCAAGCGCAUAAGCGAUUGGGGCUGGUAUCUUACGACUCCAUUUGCGAAUACGCGGCUUAUGCAGUUCAGCUUUGCUUCGAUUUCGGGCAUGGUCGGCAGGAUCAUUCAAAGUAACGGUACGAAUAUUAAGAUAUCGCAUGCAGAGCGUGUCGAUCUAGGCCGGGAAACCAUGCGCGUGUGUUUUGAGCACCUUGCCUCGCGCACUGUCAUCGCUCUGGAGACUCUGCGGCCACACAAUAAUGGCCAGAAUGACAUCAACACCCUCGUUGUCAGUGGUGGCGUUGCCGCUAACCAGUUCCUCAUGAAAGUGCUUACUUCAUUUUUGGAAGUGCGCGGCUUUGGCCAUAUCAAGAUUGUUGCUCCGCCUCCAUAUUUGUGUACCGACAAUGCGGCCAUGAUUGGGUGGGCGGGCAUUGAGAUGUUCGAAGCUGGCUUCCGAUCCGACCUCAGCUGUCGUCCUCUGCGGACAUGGACCCUCGACUCGCAGGCUGAUGAUGGAGGUAUCCUUGGCCCAGGGGGCUGGAUCAAAGUGUGA